AUGAACUACAAUAUUUGUAGCAUCCCAUCAUGCCACGAAAAGCCUAAAUACAUUUGCGACUGCCAGGAUGAAAAGUUAAUUUUUUGCAAACGACAUAAAAAAUCCCAUUCCAAUUCUAGCCCUUUAACUCACAGAUUUGAAUAUCUGUAUCGUGAGCCUGUCAAGCCAGCUCAAAUAAGCAUUUUGCGAUCUUUUCAAGAAGAAAAAUCAAAAAUAAAAAAUAUUAAAUCACAAUUCUUCUCAUAUGUUUCUACAAAUAUGAAAAACCUUGAAGAAAUCAAUAAAAAUGGGUUAAAUUCGCUAGAAUCAGGAAUCAGAACAAUUGACAAAUAUAUAAGAAAAAUUUUGACAACAAAAGAAAUAAGUACAAAUGAGGAAGACCCAUUGCUAAAAAUCCUACUGCUUAAUGAUCCUAAUGAAGUCCAAAUACAGUUAGAAAGCUUUAUAAGUGAAUUUAUUAAUUAUGGGGAUAUUGCCUAUAGCUGUGUGCUGGGCGGACAAAAUCCAGGAAAUGGUAGGGCAAUAGAAAGUAAUAUAGAAAAUACCACAGCAAAAAUAAAAUGCUUAGAAAAAGACGUGGCUGACUUGAAAAAUGAGGUAAAAAGACUCAGCCAAAUUAUUGAAAAUUCAAGCCAAGUAAGCACAGAUAAGGGGCCUGUUCUAAGUAAUUUAAAUUUAUCAAGAAGUGCUUAUUAUGAGCCAGGGAAUUAUUAUACCUUUCAAGCAGAAAAUCAGCAUCUCAGUUCAAGCCAAGCUUACCUAACAGUAGGAAAUGGUGAUUUAUUUACCUCAAUGAUUUUGCUUCUUCCUGACCAAAAACAUGGAUUUUCUGAUAUAAAUGAUAAUUCCUACCUCGCCUCAGCGUUACAGAUUCUUGCCAGCUCAUCUCUAUUCGUUGAAUUAUCAAAAAGUCCAAUGGACCCAACAUUACUGAGCUUAAAUAUUUUAUUUCAUGCUAUGAAAAGGUCAAAUUUCCAAAAUUUCGUCGAUAAUUUAUUAUCAGAUUUUAGCAUAACUUUAGCACAGAACUCUUAUUAUGUAAAUUUUAUAUAGACUAAUUUUGAAAAAGAUCCUAAAAAUGUGAUCAACUGACUUAUAAAUAAGCUUUAUGAAUAUUAUCCAAAUCAAAAAUUAUUUUCAACUAUAUACCGUAAGCCCUAAUUUGGAUCCUUUAGAAAAAUAAUUCAUCAAAAAAGGCUAAAAAUGUUUAUUUUUUUUUUUUAAAAUCACUUAAAUAGUGUUCAAAUUCGCUAAAUUUUGAUUUCGAAAAUAUAUUUUUUAUAUAUAAUAAUCCUUUUUGAAGCAUUUUUCAUAAGAAUUCUCUAAAAGAGAGCAUACAUUAUAUUAACGACAAGAGUUAAUUGUGGAGCUGGGCAUGAGCAUAUAAAAAAUGACUAUAUAAAUGUAAUUGAGCUUAUGAAUUUUACAAAUAAGCCAAUUUAUGAAGAAAUUGAUCAAAAUAUAAAAACAACUACUUGAUGUGAAGACUUUUGCAGUAUUUGCAAUCAAAAUAAAUUGGUGAGCAGUUCAAUAGAAAACACUGAAACAGGAUCAUUUUUAAUAUUAAAAUUGCCAAUAGGAAAUCAAUACAUUCUUCCUGAAGAAUUUAAUUAUAUGGGAUCAAAAUAUGAAAUAUAUGGAGCAAUAAAAUGUCUUUAUGAGAUAGAAAACGUGAAGAAAUAUGUCGCAUAUACAAAAGAUGGAUGCACAUGGAGAGAAUAUUUAUACUUUUUAAUAUAAGAUCUAUAUCGGUGGCUUCAUAGUUUAUUAUAGAAAUGCAGAGUAGCUUUAUUAAUUUUAUAUAGAAUAGAUAAUAACUCGAAGAUCUGGCAGCCAGAUUUCAGUUCGUGCUAUCUUGCAUUUUUUAUAAACUCAUAG